GAAGGGACCUGGCAGGUCAGCUGUUCUCAGAUCUAUAAAUCACACCCACUUUAACACAUUGGCUUCCUUGGCAAGGAACUUUCGCCGGUGCAACUGAUCAGCUCCGGUCUAUCUUGAAGAAGGUUGAAAGAAGACAAAGAUGCACUCAGCACUGGGCUUAUCUUUCAUGCUAAUUGCUGUUUCCUCCAAUUUUGCAAUGGCAAUCAAAAAGGAAAAAAGAGUUCCCCAGACACUCUCCAGAGGAUGGGGAGAUGAUAUAACCUGGGUACAAACUUAUGAAGAAGGGCUCUACCAGGCAAAACAAAGUAAUAAGCCACUGAUGGUCAUUCACCAUUUGGAAGAUUGUCCGUAUUGUCAAGCACUGAAGAAGGUUUUCGUGGACAAUCAAGAAAUUCAAGAGAUGUGCCAGAACAACUUCAUCAUGCUCAAUCUGAUGCAUGAAACAACAGACAAGAACAUGUCACCUGAUGGACAAUACGUGCCUCGAAUCAUGUUUGUAGAUCCUUCUCUCACGGUAAGGGCUGAUAUCACUGGAAGAUACUCUAAUCGACUUUAUACUUAUGAGCCUCAAGACCUGCCAGUCUUAAUAGAGAACAUGAAGAAAGCGUUGCGUCUUGUUCAGACUGAACUCUAAGUGCAGUGGUGAGAUCAUCACACCCCAGGGAAGCAAUGUGAAUCAAGAAGUGUCUAUCUGACCCAUCUCUCUUUUCCCUCUCUGGAAUUUUAUUCCCAGCCUGCCGUUAUCCCAUUCCAGGCCUAUCUUGCCUCUUCCAAGUG